AUGCCCACUACCGUGAUGGAUAAAGUUCUAAUGCUAGAAAGUCAGUGUGGAAACUUUAAUCGAAGCUAUAUUGCUAAUCUCACGCUGUUGUUAAAAAACUCUCGAGUGAAUCUGGAAUUUUACUUAUUAAAGAGUCUGAUUUCCGGUGUGACAAUGGACAUAGAGUUCAUGAUUAGCAUGAAAAAUUCUAAAAAGUAUCAGAAAAUUUUCCAAUACACGUUGGAUAUGUGCAACUUGCUGGCACAAAGGAGGAACAACAUGUUUAAGAGAUGGUUUGCAACCUUCUUCGAGGCCGGGAACUUUAAAAAAUAUUGCCCUGUCGAACCCAACUUAUACUACCUGAGGAACUACAAUUAUGACACGCUUUUCAUUCCAAAGUUUCUGUAUGCAGGCAAGUACCGAGUGAAGUUCGACAUGAACCAAUUGAGGAACAACGAUAGAAUCAAAGAUUUCAUUGUGGGCUGUGCCUUUGAAAUAGAAAUAAAGUAA